GGCGUAUACAGGACUGUAUUUCAUCUCCUUUGAUUUGUUUUGUUUGGUUCUUCGGUAUUGUCAUAGCUCAAAGUCAAUGUCUCCGUCAUGAAAUCCUGUAGGUAAUCUAUAUUCCAAUACGAGUAUUGAUACUCGCCGUGGCCGUGAAAUCUCUUGCGAUCAACGGCACUAUUCAAGGAUCAACCGCUUAUCAGGAUCUCGCCUCGAGCCUGGUGGGACUGGGAAGGGAAAAGAAUGACAGGAUUGACUCACGCCGAGAGGACGAUCGUUACCCCUUAGCCAGCGGGUCCCAGAAUCCAGACCCGCCAGCAGGGACUCCCAGCUGUCCCAGACUGCAAAGCACUUACGACCGCAUUACGCCGCCGCCGAUCUUGCGCAGAUUUUCCCUGGACAACCCAACUUUCGACCGUCGCCUAAGGUUCAAUUGAAGGAGUUCCCCUUCGAUCGUCACUUCCCUGGCUCCAUUUCUCGUAUUUCGCUUGUGCAUCUCCUCCUGCCUUCAUAUUUUCUCUCCAGCCCUAUCUGUGCCUUGUAUAACACCCUGUAGAGACCGUCAACCGUGGUUUGUUUUCGUGGAUGGUCUCGUUAUACUGUUGUCCCUCUCUACGUCAUCGUCAACACCAUUGCAACUGACAAUCCUAUAUGAAUUGAGAUCUAUCAAUCAAUCAAUCGAUUGUCGUUCUACCAGCCCUACGACAACUGGGCCCGUCGCACGUUGCUGAGCCCAUGGCGAACCUUCCAUUCUUCCGGAAAGCUCCUCAACGGCCGGAGUACGGCCGCAGUCGCUCCAAAGUCCUCUGGCACCGUCUACUACGCUCCUUUCUCUACCUCAUCGCAUGGAUCUUCCUGAUCCUGGUCGUCAUUGGCAAUGUCUCCAACAAACCCGUCCUCCGCCAAACGUGGUUCCUCAAGAUCGACCUCUCCAACAUCAUCCCACUCUCCGUCCCCAAUGCCGUCCUGAUCAACAGUAUUGCUCGUUCUAUCGGUCUCCAUGAUUUCUACACCGUCGGUCUGUGGAAUUUCUGUGAGGGAUUCAAUGAUAGCGGCAUCACCAAAUGCUCCAAACCGGAGACCCUCUACUGGUUCAAUCCGGUCGAAAUCAUCAUGUCCGAACUGCUCUCCGGAGCCACCAUUGCCCUCCCCGGAGACAUCACCGACGCGCUCAAGAUCGCCCGAAUUGCCUCCCACUGGAUGUUCGCCCUCUUCAUCCUGUCCACCGUCUUGACCUUCAUCAUGAUCUUUCUCUCCCCCCUGGCUACGUCGUCGCGACCCCCGCAGUCGAUCUCAUCGGACCCCAACGUCAACGCCGCUCACCCGGCCCACCGUCGCCGCACGUUCGUCUUCCUCCGCGCCUUUCCCUUCUUCCUUCUGACCUUCUUCACGGCCCUCUUCACCAUUGUCGCCUCCGUCGUCGCCACCGUCAUGUUCAUCAUCUUCAAGAACGUGUUCACCUCGGCGGAUUACGACCUGAAUAUCGAGGCGGAGCUGGGCACCCGCAUGCUGGCCUUCAUGUGGAUUGCGAGCGCCUGCAACCUUCUGUCGUUCAUUCUGCAGCUGGGCUCCUGCUGCGCGGCUUGUUGUGGGGGCCGGAAGGCCCGGAAGGCGCUGAAGAACGGCGGUGCGAAUGGAGCGUCGAUGCGCGAGAAGGAUGCUCAUAGUCCUGCAACGACCACCGCUACCGAGUGAGCUUGGUUGCCGUUUCAUCCAGCAAGCUCGUUCAUUAUAGGUUUUGGAUUGGAUAUUAUGGGACAUCAAGAACAUACACAUACAAAGAGCCGCAUAUAUAAGCUGGCCAUAUAUAUCUCAACUUUUGUUUUAGAACUGGUAUAUAGACAGGGGUCUCUAUCCGGAUAUUGCUUAUCCCAGCUUGGCUCAGCAUUGGAGGUGCAUUUGAUUUGGUUAGUUACGAUUGUUACGACUUGUCAUGAUAUUAUAAUCUACAGGUAUUUGGACCGUUCCAGAUCCAGAGAUGUAACUCGUAAGGACAUGCCAGGCUAUUCGCCGCUUCUCAGUGUCAGGAUAUUGUAGUUUGAGUGAGUUCAAUCUUGGUACAGGACGCAUAGAACAAGUAGUCCAGGUAGAGCUACCCUACUCACAAAUAUACGCAAGGUUAUCAGUCGUUUAUUACUCCAGCCACUAGUACCAGUAGAACUACAAGUUAGGCAACAUUUAUGAAUUAUAUGUCACGUAUAACAGAUGCAAAUACUGUCGCCUAUAGAUAGGUGAUCUGAAUAGGUCUACUACAAGAUUAGAUUAAUUGUUGACAUUCG